ACUAUAUCAACGCCCUCGCCCAUCGACACGAACACCUCUAUCUGCACUUCUCACUCCGCCUCUCCACAUCCUCAUAUAAUGCACACAAUGGCUACACCAACGCGCUUCACCUACCCGUUCGCCACCUCCCCCGACAUAAUCCGCUCUUACCAGAAAGACGCCUACUUCUCUGGCGUCCUGCUCGACCAACUCUCUACGCUUCUACGCAAAAUCUACAGCGCCCGCUUCGCACACACAUACAUAUCCGAGACGCGCGUAAUCGGCGAACUACUCUACCUCGGUCUUACCACUGCAAUUGGGAAUCGAACGCUUGGCGAAGAGUACUGCGACAUAGUGCAAGUGGAGAAUGAAUCCGGCCGGCUACCUGCGUUAGGACGACGCGCGGGGUAUAUUUUGAGUUGCAUACUGGGCCCGUAUGCGUUGGGGAAGGUGUUGCCGAAGCUAAGGAGGAGGAUGAGGGCGAAGCUUGAGGCGAAUCUGAGGAGGUAUGGGAGGGUGCAGGCGAAAGCACAGCAGGAGAGUGGGGGCAAGAAGGUCGGCAGGCCGCUGGGGAUGAGGGUGCAGAAUUAUAUUCUGGAGAACCUGAAUACGAUCACAUCUCCGUCACCGGUGUAUGCGCUGUCACUGGCGACAUUCUACUUUUCGGGGAGUUACUAUCAUCUGAGUAAGAGGAUAUGGGGGUUGCGGUACAUUUUUACAAGGCAGGUACAAGAGACGGAUGCAAGAGUUGGGUACGAAGUACUUGGUGUGCUUCUGGUGCUGCAGAUGGCAGUGCAGGGAUAUCUACACCUUCACAGCACCAUGACGAGCGCAGACAGCAGCACAUCUCUGCCGGUCGGGACAUCAGCGGUUGUCGGCGGCGGUGCAGAAGUCUCUCUCGAUCCGAAUGCAUACAGCGCAAACAACGCGCUUCUCUUCGAUGCAUCUACGCCUCCUCCUGCCACAUCGUCAGACUUGCAAAAGUGGACACACACGCCAGCGAACGAUAAGCCGAAGUACGAGCUGGAGAACGAGGAGACUAUGGGCUGGAUAGGGGGUGGAAAUAGGAAGUGCACGCUGUGUUUGGAAGAGAUGAAGGAUCCCAGUGUAACAACAUGCGGGCAUGUCUUCUGCUGGACGUGUAUCAGCGAUUGGGCGAGGGAGAAGCCUGAGUGUCCGCUGUGUAGGCAGAGCUGUCUGGUGCAGCACGUUCUGCCUUUGCGGGGCUGAGGGGGACAUUAUUUCACGACUGAUAUGUUCAAGCAUGCACGCGAUACCCUGGCGACGAUAAGAGCUUUUGUGGUUGCAUUUGGCAGGCGUUCGAUAAUACGUAGGCAGCAUCUUAC